AUGCUUCUUUUUGCUGACGGCAAGGAUGCCGUGACGGAGUUCAGGUCGCGUGUCUUACAGCGAGAAAAUCAGCUGUUGACCUUGAAGGUAUACAAUUUGCGUGUGCGCGCCUACAGAGAUGUGGUUUGCUCUCCCACCUCUUCUUGGGGUGGUACUGGGUUGUUGGGAUGCAUUAUAGAGUGGUGCUGUGCGGCAGACUGCACCGAACGCAGCUGGCACAUUGUAGACAUUUUACCAGGGACUCCGGCAGCCCGCUGCGAUGAAAUUGAGGCGCAACGGGACUACAUCAUUGGCAUGCAGCGACCAGAGGAGCCAGUUGUCGCGCUCAUAAAGGAUGAGGACGACUUCUACGGGAGGGUGGAUGUGUGGCGCAGUCUUCAGCGAGUGGCGUUUGAGCGCCUGAAUCGUAACUUGAAGAAUUUUCCUGAAAGGGCUAACGGCGCAGCUGCAGCGAGUGCCAACCUUGGGAAGCUAAUGCUUCUCAUCUACGACUCUGCGGCGAAUGAGGUCAAGGAGGUGGCGGUGGAUUUGGGUUCCGACGUGGAUGCGCCGUUGGGACUAAAUCUGGCGUCUGGGCUGUUGCACUCGCUAACCGCCUUCUCAGCUGAGGAGCGCAAAAAGAUCAACGGAGGUAGUGGUGACACGGACUGCAACGAGAGUAACAACAACGACAACCUUCCACUCAUGACGACUUUCUUGUUACAUUCGGGUAAAGUAGAGAGAUGCUUGCCGACAGCGCAGUCACAAACACUUCCCACAAUGAGUAAAGAGCGGGAACCCCAUACCGAACCACAGGAGACCAUGCCAACGCGACCACUACCGCUAUCCCCUGCACCGCAGAAAAAUUCGUAUCCACUCGCUUCUCACAACUUUCCAAUGCCUCCGUCUAAGCUGCUUGCGGAAAAAGGGGGGGAUACGCAGGGGCGAUAUCCGUUUAUGGCGCCGAAUGCCAUGAAAAUGGAAAGCGAUGUGCCUGCAGAAACAAACGUGGAAGUCGGUGUGUCAAGUGGUCUGACAUUUCCUUCUUUGGGUCGCCCUACGAUCCCAGUCAUUUCACGGAGUCGUCCCCCAUCUGUUAUUCCUAACGAUGCUGAAGGAAUGCCCCACGCGCACGUGGGGCCAAAGAACAUAGCAGCUCAUGCGCCGCUACCAGUCAUGACGCAAACGGAGGACAAACCACAGAUGCAACAAGACGAACAACCACUAUCGACAAACCUCAACAACGUGCUGUGCCGUGGACCUGUUGCUGACGUCGUUUCGGGAACUAAUUUAUCGCUUACUGCCAAUGCAACAGUGCAUCCGCCGUUACUGCCAGAGUUUCCCAAACUACCUCCACCGCUACAUUUUCCAACCAUACGGCCAGAAACACCUACAGGACAGGACUAA